GCAUUCAGAUCUCCGGUGCAUGGGGCAUACGCAGACCAGAAGUGGAGCACAUAUAGACACCACAUCUCGAAGAACGCUAGUUACUAACAGAUGCUCCUGAAGGCGGCAGAUGGCUCUGCACUGAAGAAUGAGAAGCUGCAGCUCUUUGUUAGUUAUGGGGAUAAGAAUAAGAACCAGACCUUCCUGACGGACGAGUCUGGCAGAGCCUCCUUCGAGCUGGACACCUCCGGCUGGACCGGGUGGGUCACUCUGAGGGGGCGCUUCAAGCAGGUGGAUCACAGCUCUGUGUAUGGAAGAGUCUCUCCCAGUUACCGGGAUGCCUAUAGUGACCUGAAGCCCUUCUACUCCAAGAGCCAGAGUUUCCUGAAGAUCCGCUCGCUGGGAGGGGUGCUGCCCUGCGACCAGGCCCAGCAGCUCCAGGUGGAUUACGUCAUUGCUAGGGAGGCCCUGGGGAAUGGGUCCAGGAGCCUGGAUUUCAUCUUCCUGGUCGUGGCCAAGGGAGCCAUCGCCAGGAUCCUCCACAAGGGGCUGGACCUCAGGGAGGGGGCUGGGCUGACGGGCUCCUUCUCCGUGGAGCUGCCCGUCGGCGCUGACCUGGCGCCCGCUGCCAUGGUGCUGGGUUACACGGUGCUGCCCGAUGGCGAGAUGGCUGCCGACCGCGCCCGGCUGCACAUGGCCAAGUGCUUCCCGAACAAGGUGAAGCUGGCCUUCUCGCAGGACCAGGCCCUGCCGGGCUCAGAGCUCCAGCUGCGGGUGCAGGCUGCCCCCGGGUCCCUGUGCGCCGUCCGCGCCGUGGAUCAGAGCGUGCUGCUCAUGAAGCCCGAGGCCGAGCUCAGCAUCCACACGGUCUAUAACCUGCUCCCCGAUUUUCCCCAAGGAGGCUAUCCUGACGCAGUGCAAGAGCCUGAGUCAUGUGAUGAUCCUACCCGGCCUCAAACUCCAGUUCAUCACUGCCGCGCCUUAGGUGACCAGUGGAGGUGUCGCAGAUGGACUAUCAGCUGGACUCCCCCUCGGCAUGACGCUUACAGCCUGUUUAAGGAUGCGGCUUUGAAAAUUCUCACCAAUACCAACACCAAGAAGCCCUGUGAACCUGAACGCUUUAUAACACGUCGUGCUGUCCUAACCUCGGCUGUCGGGCGGGGCCCCGCAUUGUCCUCACUAGUCAUGGCCCCUAAGAACGUGGAGGCAGGUGUGGAUAUUGCAGCAGGGACCCCAGUGAGCAAUGCCCGGCCCGUGCCGGAACCCAGCACCCAGGAGGAGCCAGCGCCACGUGCGUAUUUCCCAGAGACGUGGCUGUGGGACCUGGUGCCUGUGGGCGAGGGGGGCUCCAAGGACAUCCCAGUCUCAGUGCCCGACACCAUCACAGAGUGGAAAGCUGGGAUGUUCUGCACGGCGGAAGUGGGCUUUGGCCUCUCGCCCAUGGCCACCUUCACAGCCUUCAAACCCUUCUUUGUGGAGCUGGCCUUGCCGUACUCUGUGAUCCAGGGAGAGGCCUUCGCCCUAAAGGCCACCGUCUUCAACUACCUGCGGCAGUGCAUCAAGGUGCGAGUGACGCUGGCCGAGUCUGUGCAGUUCCAGGUGCAGGCAGGCGAGGACGGCGCCUACACCAGCUGCCUCUGUGCAGACGAAGAGAAAACCUUCCAGUGGGAGGUGACGGCGAGCAGCCUGGGGGAGGUGAACGUCACCGUCAGCACCGAGGCUCUGCGCACCGAGGAGCUGUGCGGCACAGAGGUGGCCGUGAUGCUGGCCCAGGGCCGAGUGGACACCGUGAUAAAGCCCCUGCUGGUCCAGCCGGGGGGGAUCCUGGAGGAGAAGGCGCACAGCUCCCUGCUCUGCCAGGAAGCCUCCGAAGAAAUCUCCUUACAGCUGCCUGCGAACGUCCUGGCGGGGUCCGAGCGGGCCUAUGUGACUGUCCAUGACAUAAUGGCCACGGCUCUGCAGAACAUAGACCGCCUGCUGGACAUGUCCGAUGAUGAUGGAGAGGAGAACAUGGUCUGGUUCGCUCCCAACAUCUACACUCAACAGUACCUGGAGAAGACAGGGCAGCUGAGCCCGGAGAUCAGAGACAAGGCCCAGGGAUUCCUCCGGAGAGGCUACCAGCGCGAGCUGCUCUACAAACACAACGAUGGCUCUUACAGCGCCUUUAGGAAGAGCAACGCCACGGGCAACACCUGGCUGACGGCCUUCGUUCUCAAGUCCUUUGGCCAGGCCAGAUCCUACAUCUCCAUAGACGAGAAGCACCUAGAGGACGCCCUAAGGUGGCUACAGCGCCACCAGCGGAAGACCGGCUGCUUCCGCAGUGUGGGGAAGCUGUUGAACAAGGCCCUGCAGGGCGGCGUGGUGGACGAGCUCUCUCUCUCGGCUUACAUCACGGUGGUGCUGCUGGAGCUGGGGCAGCCGCUCACGGACCCCAUGGUGACCAGGGCCCUCCAGUGCCUCCGGAAGUCGAGCACCAGUGACCUCUACACGCAGGCGUUGCUGGCCUACGCCUUCGGGCUGGCGGGGAGCACUGAGCUGCGGGGCGCCCUUCUGCAGCGCCUGGCCCAGCACAGCGUCAGCGCCGGGGGACAGCUGCACUGGCAGAGGAAGGUGAAGGCCCUGCCCAGCCCCUAUUGGAACCAGGCCCCGUCGGCGGAGGUGGAGAUGACGGCUUACGUGCUCCUGGCCUAUCUCUCCCUGCCCAAUGUGUCUGCUGCCGACGUGGCAACCGCCGCCCAGAUUGUCCGCUGGCUCAGCAAGCAGCAGAAACCCUUUGGGGGCUUUGCCUCCAUGCAGGACACGGUGGUGGCCCUGCAGGCCCUGGCCAAAUACGCAGCCCUGACAUACAGCGCGAGCAGGGCUGUGUCGGUGACGGUGAGCUCCCAGGCUGGGGCCCGGCAGCAAUUCCACGUGGAGAAUGCCAACCGGCUGGUGCUGCAGCGAGCAGCCCUGCAGGAGAUCCCCGGGCAGUACACGGUGCGGGCCAGUGGCAAGGACUGUGUCUUUGUGCAGCUGACUCUGCGCUACAACGUGCCGCCCCCAAAGAGUGUCGUGACCUUUGACCUGCGGGUGGAGACGGAGCCGAAGGAGUGCACCGAGAGCGCCAGAUCCCGCUUCAGCCUCGUGCUGCACGCCCGGUACAGCGGGGAGCGCCCAGCCUCCAAUAUGGCCAUCAUCGAGGCCAAGCUGCCGUCCGGCUACACCCCUGUCAAGAGCUCCCUGCGGCAGCUGGAGAAGCAGCCUUUGGUGAAGAGGCUGGAGGUGCAGAACGACCAGGUGACGCUCUAUCUGGACCAGCUGACGAAGGAGGCGGCGAGUUUCACCUUCUCCCUGGAGCAGGAUUUCCCUAUGAAGAAUCUCAGAGCAGCCCCAGUGAGACUGUAUGAUUACUAUGAGACGGAUGAACACACAGAGGCUGAGUACAGCGCCCCCUGCAGCUCAGGACUGCCUCAAGAGGAGAAUUUGACCAAUCAGAGCGAGAUCCGGGGCGGGGUGACCCAUCCGGAAGUGAGCCGUAUGACCCCACUAAGAACUCCUCCCAAAGCCCUCUGCCAAUCAAAGUGCAGCACCAUUACCCCAUAAGUCCCAGCGCCGGACAGAGGAGGCCAUCUCUUACCAAGAACACGUGUUUUAGAAAUCGUGGAAAGGCUGCUGAGUGGAAACAUGGACUCCUUCACUACCCCCGUGAGAACUUUGGACUUUGUUUUAGCCCCGAGGCCUCUCUUUGUCCACCCCCUUACAGGUGGAAUGCGAUCACGGCUUGGGGGAGUCACCGGUGGACAAAGUGAAUGGAAAAGACGUCGCACAGCUAAAUGAAUUAUUAAGAAGCGCCGGUCGAGGAGGAGGUAUAAUGGGUUAGGAACUGGGGGUUGUGUAAAUCGAAAAACAAGCAGUGGGGUGCUUACACUAUUUCUUUUCUGAAAGUUUUAAUGAAGCAUCUUGGUUUGUUUUCAAGGAGCUGUAUGACUUUUAAAUAAAAAAUAAAUUGUUUGUGAGCACCUAGCUCUUGUGGGGUUUUUGUAUAAAAGUGACCCAUUUACAGCAAAAAGCUGAAAUGUAUGUUGUGGGAGAAGGAAAAAAUCCUAAAAAAAUGUGCUUACAAUAAAACAAACAGGGCUUGUUCA